GCCGCCGACGACGAGGAGGAGUCCGUCGGCGCCGCCGUGUCGGAGAUCCGGCUCCUGUCGAAGCACGACCCCGAGACCCGCGCCCCGCUCGCCGACGCGGGCGCGAUCCCCCUCCUCGCCGCGCGCCUGCUCUCGGACUCGGCCGCCGCAUCGCACGAGGACGCCGCCGCGGCGCUCCUGAACCUCUCGAUCUCGGAGCGCGAGGCGGUCAUGUCGACGCCGGGGAUCCUGGACGCCUUCGGCGCCGCCCUCCGCCACCCGUCGUCGGCCGGCGCGGCCCAGCACGCCGCCGCCGCGCUCUACAGCCUCCUGGCCGUGGAGGCCUACCGCCCCAUCAUCGGGUCGAAGCGGCCGCUCCUCGCGUCCCUGGUCGGGCUCCUCCGCGCCCCCGGGGCCCCCACCCGCUCCAUCAAGGACGCGCUCAAGGCGCUCUUCGGCGUCGCGCUCUACCCGCUCAACCGCCCCGCGCUGGUCGAGCUCGGCGCCGUGCCCGCGCUCUUCUCGCUCGUGGUCAAGGUCGGGCGCGGCGGCCUGGUCGAGGACACCACCGCCGUCGUCGCGCAGGUCGCCGGGUGCGCCGAGAGCGUGGACGCCUUCCGCCGGGUGGCCGGGGUGCGGGUGCUCGUCGACCUGCUGGACCCCGCCACGGGGGCCACCGCCCGGACGCGCGAGAACGCCGCCGCCGCGCUGCUCAACCUCGUCAUGGCCGGCGGCGAGAAGGCCGCGGGGGACGUCCGGGAGGUCGAGGGCGCGGAGGACGUCGUGAGGGAGCUGGCGGACGGCGGCGGCGGCGGCGGCAGCGCGCGGGGGAAGGCCAAGGCCGAGGCGCUGCUCCGGGCGCUCGACGGCGCGCGCGACUGCGGGCGCCGCCGCCUCCUCGAUCUCUUCGACGAGUCCGAUUUCUUCUCGCGGCCGCGGACGACUUCCUCGUCGUCCACGUCGAUCUCGCAGUCGGAGGCUUCCAAGGCGUCAAAUUACUAAUGUCUAGCUAGCCGCCAUAGGGUUCCGCGGAUUGUGGCGCGGCAUCGCAGGGGAAAGCAGAGAUAUAUUUGGAGUCACUGAGGAGAAAGAAGUGGUAGGUUUGGAGAGAUCCGUAUGUGAUCGACGUGACUGUGACGAAAAAGGUGGUCGACGUCAACAAUGGAGGCAAAGGUGAUGUGGAGAUCGGGAUUCGUCUUCUCGAUGUCGGCAAUGUGAUCAAGAUGCAUAUGGAGUAAUAAUUCUAUUGCUAUUUCUUUCAUUACUAUUGUUAUAAUUUAUUUACUAAAAUUGUAAGUUUUGUUACAUUUGUACUUAUAU